AGUAUUGUAAGUACUUUCGUUGGUAUAGCAUCUGUAUGCAAAAAAAAACUUUUACUAUACAACGCCAUUGAUAAAAUAUGUGUACAACUGUAUUUACAAGAAAAAAAAAUAAUACAACAAAGUCUGGAGCUUUAUUGGUUUGGAUGGUGUGGUGAAGGUUCAGGUGUUGGAGCGUGCAUCUUUAUUCGGAUAACUUUGGUGGAUUUUUAACUGUGGAAAACAUUUUAGUUACUCACCAUCCACCGUCCAGGACGGUCAUAAAAAUUACACCGUAAAUUUAUUCUUUUAAACAUCUCUGUGAUUUGCUUAUAGCUUCUUCACAUUAGCAGAGCAAACAAAGGACAAGUCAAUUUACUGUAGUAUAUAAGGAGAGGAAAAGAUCAUAAAGAACAAGUAGACACUGAAGGUGAAGUCGUACAGAAGGUUGAUCAUACAAGCGAAAGACCACUGCUGAAAUGAUGCAAGAAAGAAUUGAACGUAUACCUAAAUGGUAUGCGGGCAGAUCUGUUUUCAUAACAGGAGCCACUGGGUUCAUGGGAAAAGUUCUUGUGGAGAAACUAUUACAUGAUUGCCCAGACAUAGAGCGACUUUAUCUUCUAGUACGCGCCAAAAGGGGUGUUGAGCCAGAACAGAGACGUGAUGAAUAUGUUAACCACAUUGCCUUUGAGCGCGUUCGCCUAAUUCAACCGAAGCGCUUAGAGAAGAUUCGCAUGAUUAAAGGUGAUGUUACCCUCGAUGACCUGGGCUUGUCGGAAGAAGAUAGAGCUGAGGUUACAAGUAAAGUUUCGGUAAUUUUUCACUGUGCUGCCAAUGUUCGAUUUGAUCAGCCUCUGAAGGAAGCUGUUAACAUGAAUACACAAGGCACAUAUAGAGUACUCAAGUUGGCUGAAACUGUUACUAAUCUCGACGCCUUUGUUCAUGUCUCCACGGCAUAUUGCCAAUGUGAUGAGCCGGUGCUGGAGGAGUGCGGUUACCCAGCCCCACACAAUCCUCUCGGAAUUGUGCAAAUGACUAAUCUGCUCGACGAUGAGAUUCUCGAGCACAUCACGCCCAAGUUACUUAAAACACUCCCCAAUACAUAUGCUUAUACGAAAGCACUCACCGAAGAUCUGGUGGCAUCAUUCAAAGGCAAAUUCCCAAUUGCCAUAGCACGUCCGUCAAUAGUCACUGCCGCUAUAAGGGAACCAUAUCCAGGAUGGGUGGAAGGAACCAAUGGACCUACGGGACUAAUGGUAGGAGCUGGUAGAGGAGUUAUCCGAAGCAUGCAUUGCAAUCCAAACUACCCAGCAGAUGCCAUUCCUGUAGAUAUCACCAUGAACACAAUUAUUGCAUUGGCCUGGCAGCGUGGACAAAACAAAUCUCUGGACAUUCAAUAUACAAAUGUCGUAGCGUCAACGGAAAAUUCCCUAUCGUGGGGAGAGAGUAUAGAUAGAGGAAAGGCAGAGUUCUACAGAAAUCCUCUGUGUUUUUCACUAUGGUACCCAAAUGGUUCCAUCAAGUCUAACUAUUAUCAUCAUUUAUUUUGUGUGAUAUUCUUCCAUUAUCUGCCAGCAUACUUUAUCGAUUUGCUUUUAGUUAUUUUCAGAAAAAAGCCAUUUAUGGUUCGUGUUCAAAAUAAAGUUUCAAUGGGACUGAAAGUUUUGCAAUACUACACAACAAAGAGAUGGGAAUUCAAGAAUGUAAAUAUGACAAAUCUCUACAAUUCAAUGGAUGAUCGCGAUAAAGAGAUUUUCAACUUUAACUGCAUGACAUUAGAUUGGCAUGAAUACAUCAGAAAUUACAUUUAUGGUGUAAGAACUUAUUUACUUCAGGAACCCCCCUCAACCCUGCCUCAAGCACGAAAAUUACUUAAAAGAUUAUACUAUUUAGAUAAACUCGUGACACUUAUCUUCUACGGUUUACUCCUUUGGCUCAUCUGGAAUUAUUUGGAUGUUAUUGGAAGUUCUGUUCAUUUUAUUUUUGAACAGUCGAAAAACUUACUCACCAAGUCUCCAAUUUCGCAUUAAGUCAAAUUUUAUUUAACGAUAUAUUUUGUUAAAUUAGAUAUAAGUUCUGAUCUGGAAGAAGUCAUUAGAAACGCAGUUUUCUAAACAAUGUUAUUUGCAUAUACUCAAUGAUAUUUCUGUAAUAAAGUUAAGUGUAUUUGGUAA